AUGACCACAGCCACCACUCUGGGGGAUGCUGUCUUCUCAUUGAACAUGACCACCAGAGGAGAAGACUUCCUAUACAAGAGUUCCGGAGCCAUCGUUGCUGCCAUUGUGGUGAUUGUCAUCAUCAUCUUCACCAUGGUUCUAAUCCUGCUGAAGAUGUAUCACAGGAGAAUGAGGACAAGGCGGGAGCUAGAACCCAAGAGCCCCAAGCCAGCCACCCCUCCUGCCCUGGACCCAAACAGCAACAACAGCCAACAGCCCACGACCGUGACCUUCAGACCUGUUGAUGUCCACACGGAGACUCGGUGA